AUGACUUCUUUGGAUAAAUCCAAGCAUGUCGCUUACAUCAAGUCUCUGGAUGACCAAAAACAGUUUCUUGAGUACUGGCUCAGUGAGCACCUCCGUAUGAAUGGCAUAUACUGGGGAGCUUGUGCUCUGUUCCUUAUGAGAGCGGAGCAUGAAUUUGACAAGAAAACUCUGGUGGAGUUUAUUCUCAACUGCUAUGAUACUACCUAUGGAGGCUUUGGGGCAUUCCCUAAGCACGAUUCGCAUAUUCUUUCUACAUUGUCUGCAUUACAACUUCUAAAAAUGUACGAUGCCUUGGACGUCAUUAACGACAAGAAGUCGCAAAUACUUCAGUUUAUCAAAGGCCUCCAAUUACCAGAUGGAUCAUUCCAGGGGGAUAGGUUUGGCGAAGUUGACACCCGAUUCGUUUACACCGCCAUCCAAUCGCUCAGCAUUCUCGAAAGUCUGAGUCCCGAUGUCGUGGAUCCAGCAGUGGAUUUCAUACUCAGAUGUCAAAAUUUCGAUGGAGGAUUUGGCCUGGUGCCAGGCUCAGAGUCGCAUUCUGCGCAAAUCUUCACAUGUUUGGGGACUUUGGCGAUUGCUGGGCAAGUAGACAAAAUCAAAGACCGGGAAGCUCUUGAAUGGUGGCUCAGCGAACGACAAGUGGAAAAUGGAGGCCUAAAUGGACGUCCUGAGAAAUUGCCCGAUGUGUGCUACAGCUGGUGGGUGAUGUCCUCUCUUAGUAUAUUGGGUAGACUGGACUACAUUAACGGAGACAAACUGAGGGAAUUCAUUUUACAGUGCCAGGAUUUCGAAGAAGGGGGGAUUAGCGAUCGGCCUGGGAACCAGGUUGAUGUGUACCACACUCUCUUCGGAAUCGCAGGCUUGUCUCUGCUUGGAUACGAGGAUCUGGUUCCCGUGGACCCUGUCUACUGCAUGCCUUAUCACGUCACGAAUUCAAUUAAGAAAUAUCCAUAUAAUUAA